UUCGACGUCGAAUCGGACGCCGAAUUGUUUGUUCUGUCUCGAUUAUUCCGCACAAGUCUGCUCCACCGUAGUAGUUAGGCUGCCGACUUAACUGAUCCCCUCUCGCGCAAGCUAGCACCACUCUCCACCGGUGGAGCGCAUUUUUGUCGUGUCGCCGAUUUGUUUUUUUCAUUCUUCUUCUUUCCUACUGCUGUCAGCGUUACCGUUGCCGCCGCCACCGCCACCGACAAGUUAACAGCCGAACCGCAUCCAAAAAGGCAGCCCUAGUGGCCGUGCCUGUGCCAGUGUGCUUUCAGUGUGAAUCAGUGCUUCAACGCCAGCGCCAGCCAGCAGCACUCAGCAAAUCUCUUACUUUGGGGACACUGUAUACCACUACCAGCCAGCCACGGUGGUGAACAAUCGAGGAUACUGUGCAACUCUAGUGCUAAGUGUGCUGUAUAAUUGUAACCCUCUAGCCCCUUAGGGAAGUUCUAACGAGCGCGAAACGGAAACCGAAGAAAAUUGUACGGUACUGUGAUCGAAGUUGGCCGUGCUGAAGUGCCCCGUCAGUGACUUAGCUGUGUAAGUUGUCCUUUUGAUUUGAUUCGAUCUGAAGUGGGACAGUAGUAACGAACAAAUAGGCUGAUCGUAGCGGAAAAUAUGGCGAAAGUGUAUGCCUUAAUUGGCAUUUUAGCUCUGGUGGUUUCCGCCACGGCCACCGUACGAACGAAGCGACAGGCGGAGGAGACUAAAAAGGAAGAAUCGUUUGAGAAAGAGCUUUGCAAGGACAAAGACGCUGGUGAAUGGUUUCGAUUAGUGCCCGGUGAGGGCGACAGCUGUCGUGAUGUCAUCCAGUGUACAUCGUCGGGUCUGCAAGCCAUUCGGUGCCCGGCCGGUCUGUACUUUGAUAUCGAGAAGCAGACGUGCGACUGGAAGGACGCCGUCAAGAACUGCAAGAGCAAAAAUCGCGAGCGCAAAAUCAAACCACUGCUGAUCACAGACGAACCGCUGUGCCAGGAUGGCUAUCUGGCCUGCGGUGAUGGAACAUGCAUGGAACGGGGACUGUUCUGUAACGGCGAGAAAGACUGCAACGAUGGUUCGGACGAGAACUCGUGCGAUAUCGAAAGUGAUCCCAACCGUGCGCCCCCCUGCGAUCCGGCCGUGUGCGUGCUGCCCGAUUGCUUCUGCUCCGAGGACGGUACCACCAUUCCCGGCGAUCUGCUGGCCAAGGACGUCCCGAUGAUGAUCACCAUCACAUUCGACGAUGCCAUCAACAACAACAACAUCGAUCUGUACAAGGAGAUCUUCAACGGCAAGCGCAAAAACCCGAACGGGUGCGACAUCAAGGCGACGUACUUUGUCUCGCACAAGUAUUCCAACUAUUCGGCGGUGCAGGAAACCCACCGGAAGGGACACGAGAUAGCGGUGCAUUCGAUCACCCACAACGACGAGGAACGCUUCUGGUCGAACGCCACCGUCGACGACUGGGCCAAGGAGAUGGCCGGUAUGCGUAUCAUCAUCGAAAAGUUCGCCAAUUUAACCGACAACUCGGUUGUCGGAGUUCGUGCUCCGUACCUGCGCGUCGGAGGAAACAACCAAUUUACCAUGAUGGAAGAGCAAGCUUUCCUGUACGAUUCGACUAUUACCGCACCACUGUCCAACCCGCCGCUAUGGCCAUACACAAUGUACUUCCGCAUGCCACAUCGCUGCCACGGAAACCUGCAAAGCUGCCCGACUCGUUCGCAUGCCGUCUGGGAGAUGGUCAUGAACGAGCUAGAUCGCCGAGAGGAUCCAACAAACGACGAAUACCUGCCCGGCUGUGCAAUGGUCGACUCCUGCUCCAACAUUUUGACCGGUGAUCAGUUCUACAAUUUCCUGAACCACAACUUCGAUCGGCACUACGAACAGAACCGUGCUCCGCUUGGUCUGUAUUUCCACGCCGCCUGGCUGAAGAACAACCCCGAAUUCCUCGAUGCUUUCGUCUACUGGAUCGAUGAAAUCCUGUCCAACCACAACGAUGUAUACUUUGUCACAAUGACCCAGGUUAUCCAAUGGAUCCAGAAUCCACGUACAGUUUCCGAAGUCAAGAACUUCGAACCAUGGAGGGAGAAGUGUGUCGUCGAUGGUAAACCAGCCUGUUGGGUGCCAAGCUCGUGCAAACUGACCUCCAAGGAAGUUCCCGGGGAAACCAUCAAUCUGCAAACCUGUGUACGUUGCCCAAAUAACUACCCAUGGCUGAACGAUCCGACUGGCGAUGGAUUCUUCUAAGUCAGUGUAAUUUCGGAUUUUACCCUAGAGAAUUCCUAGCCCUACAAUUUUCAAUUUUAACAGUAUCAAACCUUGAAUUUGAGUCUUUUCAAUAAGUUUUUAAAAACAACUAUCAUCUAGCCUUUCAUUGCCCCACUUACUAAUCUGAAUGAAUAAAAAAAUAAAACAAGACUUUAAGAAUAGUUCUUCGGACCAUCGGAAGUUUGAAGUAAGUGUUCGAACACAAUCUAGCAAAAGAUGGAUGGAAAAUAGAUCGCGUUAGAAAAACAUCAAACCAUCAUCAUAUAGAAAAGGCUGGCGUCGCUCCUCACGAGAAACCCCGCUCUCAAAUUGUCCUCAAUCAACACCAGCAACAUCCCCUUGUGAAGUAUUGUGAAUGGGAGACGCCGAACUAAUGCAACGAAAAUGAAAGAUUGAGAUUGAGAGAACAAAAAUGCUGUGGAUAUAUUUGUGUCGUUUAUAAUUUAUAAUUUAAAGAGUGAGAAAAAAAAUUGGAAAACAAUCUUACGUAGUUGACAGAAUUAAAAUGUUUAUGUUUUAUAAACGUAGUUAUUUUUGAAGCGACUUCGUAAUCUUAAUACCUAAUCUUCGAGCUACGGACUUUUAUUUCGUGUAAAAUGUAAAUACUGUGCAACUGCAUAAUUUUAAGUGACUUGUCCGAGGAAGGAAAGAAAAACAAACUGAAGUGGCAAAAAUACAAACAACUUUUUAUUAGCACUUUGACGGUAUAUGAUAAGGAAGUAGUGUUAAAAGUUCUUUUUCAAAACAGCCAAGCACCAUCUGUUGCUAUUUUCAUGAUUUUUUGACAGCUUGACACGACUAAGAGAAAAGAAAACACGAAAUGUGAACAGUUGUAGAGAUAAAAUAAAUAAAGUUGAAAAAGAUUGAAAAAAUGA